AUAGCAUAGUAACAUAACACGACAUCAAGCAUCUAAAAAUCUAUCCCAGCUCUUCGUCUCCCUCAUCUUGAAAAAGUCCACGUCAUCCAUUGAUAACAAACUUUGAUGGAAGCGGGAACUGCUCCCACUCUCACUCUCACUCCUCGAUUGCACACUCGCUUUCCCUUUAACACUUCCAAUUCAAAUACCUCAUUUCAACCGCGCUUCACUCUUUCGUCUCCUUCUCCUUCUCCUUUAUCUUCUUCUUUUUCCGCUUUCAGUUACAGAGGCCCCACUCCAAAACGCGAUUUCCUCGCCGACUGGGUUUCCCAAAACGACGACGUCGUCCGCUCCCUCCCAAUCUAUGUCGGCUCGGCUUCCCUCUUCGCCGUCCUCCUCAACCGCGCCCUCUCCGGCAUCGCCCCCGUCGCCGACGCCGGCAGUUCGCAGUCCAGAGCUGACCUCUUGACUUUGGGAUUGGCGGUUACCAAUAUUUUGACUGGCCUCGUUUGGCUUUCAAUAAAACCUAAGUCUAUAACUGUGGUAAAUCCUCGAGGAGUUGAAUGCAAGAGAUUUUGCACUACACUUCCUGAAGUUGCACUUAAUGAGUUGCUUUGGGUGUGGGAAUCUCUGUCAGAUGCCACUUGUUGUCGUUCGCUCGUUGUUGUUUAUGAGAGAAGUUGUGUACUCCAAAUAGGUUUUGCUGCAGAUUCUUCUCCUGGGAAUGGUGAGGCUGUAAGUGUGGAUGCCAAUAAAUUGAUGCAAGGAUCAGUAUACGAGGGAGUUAUGAAAUCUGGUGCUCAGAGUUACUUGGCAAAUUUAUCUCUUUAUCCUGGAAAAUCUGAGCUGCCAUUUCUACCUUUAAAUACUCAGGCAGUAAUUUUACAGCCACUUGGAGAUAAAGGAAUUGCAAUUAUCGGUGGUGACACGAUACGAGGUUACACUGCUUCUGAUCAGGCAUGGAUCACUUAUAUUGGAGAGAAGCUGGAUUCUACCCUUGCAAAAUAUGUGAAGCAUCACCCUCUGACUUCUCAAGAUUAAGUUUAAGAGAUUUGCGAGGUGGCCUCUCGUUCAUGUUUUUACUUGAUUUUAAUGGAAAUAAACCCUCGACCUUUUGCCGAGAUUUUUAGGAUAAGAGGCUCAUAUUGGUCGCAUGUAUAUGUUAUCCAUUUUUCAAGGCAGUGCUCAGAUUAUUAGUCAGACUAAUUGUAUACAUAAGCUCAUUUCAGAGAUUUUCAUUUGUAAACAUACAACGCCACAGUCUUCCAUGUCCUUCCUUUCAGAGAUAUAUAAUUAAUUCUGUUGUGGCUUGACCACAACCUUUUUUCCAUUUUGUUAGCUGAUUUUCUAUUUAUAGCUUACAGUCGUAGAGAAUAAAAAAUUUAACAUUGACUUGCUGUUUAUCAUUACUAAAAACUUCUAUUGGGACAAGUUUGAUUGGUUACGACUUAUGGCUAGUAAAAUAGAGGGCAAAAAUUAUUGCAAUGAAGCUUGAUGUACAAUAAUAGGUCCACCAAACUACUGCAAACCAAACCCCACUUUUUCUUUUUAGAGGAAAGUGAUAUUUAUCUAAAGGGCGCCAAGGGAAGAAAUCCAAUGUACUAAGCACUGUACAAACAUUCUAAAUUUAAUAUAAAUAGACUUACCACGAAUAUAUUAGUCUUACUGGAUGUUAUAUACUUCAUAAGUACUUAACUAGAAAAAAUGAUAGAGAAUUCAUUCACAUUGCUGCAAAUAUACAUCUGUAUACGUCUGUUUCUUGUCUAUAAAAUCAUUUAAAAAAUAGGAAAAACAAAAUUUCUGUAACAGAAGCUCCCCUGCCCUAAAAAACAAUGAAAAGAAUGAAUGCUUAAUACGUGUGAUAAUCGUGCUUUACAUGGGUACCAGCUACCAAUAUGUUAGCACCCUCAUUAGUAUCCAUUAUAGAGAAGACCUUUCCCAGGGCAUCAACCCUGUUGCAGGAUCAGCAAAAUAAGAUAGAAGGAAGUCCUUCAGGCCAGUAUCCCAAACCUCACAAAACUGAAGCCGCCAGUUAGGUGGUUCAAUGGCUUCUGUUCCUAGUCCUGGUGCUCUAUCCUUUGAUCCUUUGUUCUGGUCCUCCUGCCAGUCCACCACAUAGGUAGCAACCCUUCUGAAAAACUUGGCUUUGAAGGUCUCCCAUACCUGGUACUUGUAGUGGUUUACGAUAGCUGUACCUUCAGGCAUGUUGUAGUACCUAAACCCCUCCCUCAGCUGAAAAUGGUGCACCACAUUCAGAAGACUGAUGUCAAGCAAAUCCGGCCGCACAAUGGAUUUGUGCCGCUCAGGGCUCUGAAGCCUGCAAGUGUACCCUAGUGUAACCCCUUGUUUUGGGGGUGAGUGUAAGCCAGAAGGCCCGAAGCUAUGACAAGCUGUUCUUAUCUCCGCAAUGGAUUUCGAAGAUGAGAAAUUGGCUACCACUGAUUUCAGAUAAUUCUCACCAGGAACACCUUCCCUCAGGUUUUGAUGAAAUUCACUGGGAAAGUAGAAGAACUCAUCAACAUCAAAGAAUCCUACCCACUUGCAUUCCUCUCUAGCUCUCAAGGCACAGUGGGAAAACCCUGCCUCCUGAGUCUUAAUCCAAGGCCAGGACUUUCUACUAACAUUAAAUCCUUGAAGAUCAAGAUCCUGAACAACCUUUUCAACACCAUCAUCACUGUUGUUAUCAUAGAUAAACCAACGCUCCACUCCAAGCCAAGCAUGGUACAUAACCCACUCUCUGAGCGCAGAAGCUUGGUUCCACACCAUAGUACACGCACAUAACUCAUACUUCCCGCUUUUCCUUUUCUGAACCUUACCACCACCAGGUGCACUAACUGUAGCUACAGAAGGCACAAGGACACGAACGGGGUGCCUCACAUUGCCUCCCAAAUAACUCACUGUGACCCGAAUCCCUCGAACCUUAUCCGGAUUGUUCCUUAUACUCUGUGGUAACAUACAUCUCACAACUUCUUGAGCCACAGAAACCGCCCUGGUAUUAAGCAAAAAUGCAUUGUUCUGGUGAAAACUCUUGAGUCCGAAAUGACACCGGAUCCGGGUUGGAUCGGAUAUCUUGUGGGGUCGGAGAUUCAGGCCUUUCACGAACACCACAACGGUGUCUCCGUCAAGGAUCGCCUCGUACGCUACCCUGUCCCAAGAUUGAGCCGUUUGGUUGAUAAAAAAACCCAAAUUCCGGCGACCGACCUCACCGCGCCGCCGCAAUUCUACGGUUUGGGAGCCAGCGGCGGUGUAGUUCGUCUGGGGAAGUGGGCAUCUAACGAUGGAUCGAGAUUCAUCAUAGCGGUCCGUGGAGAGGAGCGGUCGAACCUGAACUUGAAGGGGUGGAGCGGGAGAUGAAGCGUUGGGGUGGAGCGUAUAGUAGACGCAGUCUAGUUGGUGGAGUUGGUGUUGUUGAGGGGUGGUGAGGAUGAGGAGAUGGUGGUCGGGGAAGAUGAUACGGUGUUGGAGGGUGUAGGAUGGAGCAGUGGGAUGAAGGGGAUCGAGAAUAGAGUUGCUUGCGGAAGAGUAAAGGAGAGAUAAGGUGGAGGCUGUGAGAGAGGGUCUGAAGGUGGAGGGAGUGAAAAUGAAGAAAUGAUGGUGGGAAGACAAGAAGAGGAGGAAGAUUAAGAAGAAGAAGCAAAUAAAAAGUGAUCUUGAUGAGAUGUGAAGGUGUCUUCCCACCGUGCGCUUCCUCUUCCGCCUUUGUUCUGAGUCCAUCUUUUUGGGGUUGAAUGGGUGGGUGAAAGAAGAGUAAGAAGAAAGAAGUAGUGGAAGGCGUCUGGGGAGGUAAGGAGAGAGAAGAAAAGAAAGAAAGAAGAAG